CGACUGAGAGAAAAAGGGAUGAAGAGGGAAGAGACAAGAUGGUCAAGGGAGUGGCUUCUGAAAAGAAGCCACUAUUCCCACGUCUCGUUAUUGAAACAACUGAGGAGCGAACUCGAUGAUUAUCGCAAUUAUUUGCGAAUGGACACCUCGGCCUAUUUGUCUUUAUUUGCCAUCGGGUCUAUUUCUUUGUAUUUUUUUAUACUAUCUUCUUAUUAGAC